AGAAAGCAGAUCUUUUUAUCUGUUUAUUUUCUGGGAUAGAUCUCUCUGCAAGCAAAACAUAUACUAGGAUUAGGAUUUGGUUUUCUUUGAAUCGGUCGCUCACAAGUCCCUUUGGCCAUUUAGAUAUCUAUUUUCAGCCGUUUUUAAGUUUCAAUCAGACAUUCUGUGCAACUCUUCCUUUGUCUUAUCUUUCCAUUCCAUGUUUGGACAGACAUUCUCAACCAUCGUUAACUCCCGAAUAUUUUACUUCAUUCACACUCUUUUUUUUUUUUUUUUUAUUACUUCUCAGUUCUAGUCCUGCAAGUGAGCUCUAGAAUUUGUGAUUUUUGGUAGAAAAGUUGAAAUUGAUCAAUUUUGGAGAGUUGGGUCCUUGUUAUUUCAUGAUGGGUACUGCUUCUGUUGGUUACCCAUUUGGAAUCACUGCCCAUUCCCAUGGAAAAAUUGGUGCUUUGCCUCAUAGAAUGAACUGCUCAAGCUCUGGUUUCCCUCUUAAUGUCGAAGUCUCAAGAGUUAAUUUUUACCCUUGUUCUGGUUCUGCCAUUACUUCUAAGGGACUUGUAAGUCCACUAGGUUCUUUACCUGAUAUUGAUGAUUUCUUCUGGGAGAAAUUCUCAACGCCAAUACUUGAUGUGAUUGAAAACCCAAUCAACUUGAAGAAUUUGUCUCCUAAGGAACUGAAACAAUUAGCUGAUGAAAUUCGUUUGGAAUUGUCUUCCAUAAUGUCAAGAACUCAAAAACCCUUUAGAUCCAGUUUGGCAGUUGUGGAGCUGACAGUUGCAAUACACUAUGUUUUCCAUGCUCCAAUGGAUAAGAUACUGUGGGAUGAUGGGGCACAAACAUAUGCACAUAAAAUUCUUACAGGAAGGCGGCCCCUCAUGCAUACAAUUCGAGAAAAGAAUGGUCUUUCUGGUUUCACAUCUCGAUUUGAGAGUGAUUAUGAUCCAUUUGGUGCAGGGCAUGGUUGCAACAGCAUUUCUGCUGGGCUUGGUAUGGCAAUUGCACGUGAUAUUAAAGGGAAGAGGGAACAUAUAGUUACUGUCAUCAGCAAUGGGACAACUAUGGCAGGUCAGGUCUAUGAGGCAAUGAGUAAUGUGGGCUAUCUGGACUCAAAUAUGAUAGUGAUUUUAAAUGACAGCCGUCACUCCUUACGCCCCAAGAUUGAAAAGGGCCCCAAGACAUCCAUUAGUGCUCUAUCUAGUUCUCUAAGUAGGCUCCAGUCAAGCAAAUCCUUCCGGAAGUUCAGAGAAGUUGCUAAGGGUGUUACUAAAAGAAUUGGGAGGAGGAUGCAUGAAUUGGCAGCCAAACUUGAUGAGUAUGCACGUGGUAUGAUUGGUCCACUGGGAUCAACUCUUUUUGAAGAGCUUGGGUUGUAUUACAUUGGCCCUGUUGAUGGGCAUAACAUUGAAGACCUGAUAUGCGUUCUGCAAGAAGUAGCAUCUCUGGAUUCAAUGGGUCCUGUGUUGGUUCAUGUGAUAACAGAGGAAAAUCAGGGACCAGAAAAUAAUCGAAAGAGUGAAAUAGCAGAGAAGCAACUUGAAGAUUUAAGUAAUUCUGAUUCGUUACCAUCUAGUAUCCACCCAUUGACAUAUAGUGAUUGCUUUGUGGAGGCUUUAGUUUUGGAGGCAUUGAAGGAUAAAGAUAUUGUGACAGUUCACGCGGGAAUGCAAAUGGAAACAUCACUUCAACUAUUUCAGGAAAAAUUUCCAGACAAGUUUUUUGACAUGGGAAUUGCUGAGCAACACGCAGUUACAUUUUCUGCUGGUUUGUCCUGUGGUGGAUUGAAGCCAUUUUGUAUAAUCCCUUCCACCUUUCUACAAAGAGCUUAUGAUCAGGUGGUCCAUGAUGUAGAUCGGCAGAGAAUUCCGGUGCGAUUUGUCAUUACUAGUGCAGGACUUGUAGGAUCUGAUGGCCCAAUGCAGUGUGGGGCAUUCGAUAUAACAUUCAUGUCAUGCUUACCAAAUAUGAUAGUCAUGGCACCAUCCAAUGAGGAUGAGCUUGUGCACAUGGUGGCUACUGCAGCCCAAAUUGAUGAUCAACCGGUGUGCUUCCGGUAUCCUAGGGGGGCCAUUGUACAGGCAGACUACUCUACAUGCAAUGGGAUUCCCAUAGAGAUUGGAAAAGGGAAAGUUCUUGCAGAGGGUAAAGAUGUUGCUUUGCUCGGGUAUGGGGCAAUGGUUCAGAAUUGUCUUAAGGCUCGGUCCCUUCUUUCGAAGCUUGGUGUUGAGGUGACAGUGGCUGAUGCAAGGUUCUGCAAGCCUCUAGACAUUAAGCUUGUCAGACAGCUUUGCGAAAAUCAUGCAUUUCUGAUCACGGUUGAGGAAGGCUCUAUUGGAGGAUUUGGAUCCCAUGUUGCACAGUUCAUUGCACUUGAUGGAAAACUGGAUGGAAGAACUAAGUGGCGUCCAAUUGUGCUACCAGACAACUACAUCGAGCAUGCAUCAGCAGAUGAACAGCUCUCUCUGGCCGGGUUGACUGGACAUCACAUAGCUGCAACAGCACUAAGUUUGCUUGGCCGCAAUCGUGAAGCCCUCCUCUUGAUGUGCUAGAAAGCUGUACUUCUACUGUCCUUGUUGGAAUUCUAUGAUAAAUUUGAAGAACGACGCCUAGCAAAGGAAAAUAAGCAUUGACGCUACCAUGUUUUUUGGGUUUAGUAAUCUUUUCCAAUUUGUUAGUAUGUAUAACAAUUAUGCACCAAGUAUUUAAUUGUAUGGUAACAAUGUCAUUAGGGAGACACUAGUUUGAUAUUUUAAAGUCAAGUCUUAUAAAUCACCAGCACAGCCCAGUCAUGUCAUGAUCUCACAGGGCAUGGAA